UGAAGCUAAAUCCAGAAACUAAAGAAACAACACGAAGCUCAAAAAAAAAAAGGUUGAUCAAUGUCGACCAAAUUUCUCUUGUUCUUAACUCUCUUUUCUAUUCUCUUCAUCUGCAUUUCCACACUCACAGCCACUGGGACCCUUCCAGACAACGCCAUCACUGUCCUCUCGGAUUCAGGCUAUAACUCAAUGGCUCUGAUUCUUGAAUUCGGUUCAAGAUCAAUAUUAAUACCACCAUCUCCUUCUCUCACAAUCUUUUCUCCUUCUGAUACUGUUUUCUCUAAGUCAGGCCAACCCUCUCUUAAUCUUCUCCAGUUUCACUUCUCCCCACUUUCUUUAUCUCUACAUUCACUCAAAUCUUUGCCAUCUGGUUCCAAGAUUUCAACUUUUUGGACUAAUCACUCGCUUAUUGUCACUUCUGAUGGUGAAGAUAAAGUUGAAGUUAAUGGAGUCAAGAUUAGUGGGUUUCCUGUUUAUGAUGAUGGAUCUUUGGUGAUUUUUGGAAUCGACAAAAUUCUUGAUCCCAAUUUUCAGGUUCUUGAUUCUAUGAGGCCACCUCCUUUACAUAAUCUUGACUGUCCUGCUUUGGAUGCUAAUGGUGACGGUCAUAUAGACAGGGGUCACUCGUUUAAGGAGGCAAGUGAGGUUUUGAGAUCAAGAGAGUAUUCUGUUAUGGCCUCUUUUCUUGAUUUGCAAUUGACUGAGUUCAAGGAUCAAAUGAGAUUAACUAUCUUUGCACCAACUGAUGAAUCUGUUCAGGGUUCUCUAGGUCAUAUCAGUGAGUAUAAAUCAAUCUUUCUUAGGCAUUUCGUGCCCUGUACGCUAUCCAUGAUUAACCUGAUUGGUAUUGAAUCUGCUGGAAUACAGUUGCAUGCUUACUUGGACGGGUUCCUGGUUAAUUUCACUACACAUGGUGACAAUGUGAGGGUCAAUGGAGUUCAGGUUAUAGCUCCUAAGAUUUAUAACAAUAGUUGGCUUGUGGUUCAUGGUCUUGAUGGGAGUUUGAUUGUUGAAGAGAUGCAUCAAGAAGCGCCACAUUCUUCAUCCGAUAAAAUAAGCAACUGUGCUGAUGCGGUACGCGGUUGUGUGUUCUUCGUUGCCUUUUGGCUUCUAUUUCUUCUCUUCAUCGUUUAUGAGAACACUUUCACGGGCGUCAUAUUCCUCAUUCUUCUGGGUCUUCUCAGUUCUCUUCAGCUUCUGUAAGAACGCUUAAAAGUGCACGCCUUCAUUCUUUUUUCCAGUCCUUUCUUGUGAAAGAUUCUGGAGUUCUGGUAGUUUUGAUGUCGUAAACGGCAUUCUAUUGCUUACUGACUUGGUUUAAAUCAAGAACCCUAAUAUGUUUGUAAAGUCCUUUAACAAUUUCAAGUGCUGAUCCAUUUGUUAAUAUUCUAUAUGACGUCUAAUUCCGAUUUCCCUUGAUAAUUGAUUUUGUGAUUUUCAUUUGAAUAUUCCUUAGCUUGCGCUAAUUUGCACAAGUUGUUCAAUGAUCUGAUGUGGUU